AUGAACGGAUCAUUAAACUUGAGCAGUAUUAACGGAGAGAGCUCGAUCGAGUCGAGUAGUUUGUUGGACACUUCUACCGACGGAGGGGCCUACAAAAGUGCAGAGAACGACUUGGGUGGCACUGUUGAGAGUCAUUAUGAUCAUGUUCAUGUUUGUAUUCGAUUGGCUCCGGUGCCAGCCGAAGAAUCAAGUGCCAAUGCUCAAAACAUAAUUGAAAUUUCCGAUGUCAACAAACUCAUUGCAUAUCAUCCAGAGAGUAGAGAAGGAUUAUUAUACAAAUUUGAUCACUGUUUUGACAGCGAAACGUCAAAUAAUGAAAUAUUCGAAUCGGUUUGUGUGCCCCUAUUGAAUGCUGUCAUUGAGGGAUAUAAUGGCACAAUUAUUUCUUACGGUUCUUCAAGAACUGGUAAAACAGAAAUGAUGAUUGGAAAUGAGCGAGAGGAAGGAAUUGUCGAUCUGACAUUUCGAGAAGGAUACUCUUAUUUAUCUUCAGUGGCAGAUAAGGUUGCGUACUCGAUUUCAUUUUCGUUUUGGGAAAUGAGCAAUGACACAAUAUUGGAUCUUCUUGAUCCUGACGAUGAAAAAGAGUUGAAACUUAAAAAACACACCAAACAAGGUGUAUUCAUUACAAAUUUGAAAGAAAUGCAAGUGGAGAGUUGGGAGCAAUUACAAUCAUUGAUUGACGAUGGCAUUCGACGAAGUCAAAAAUUGACAGCUCAACGAAAGAUCAGACUCCAUUCGUUCAUGAGAUUGAGAUUGACAAGAAAUGACUUGGACCAUCCAGAACAAGAUGUCUCCUCCUCGCUCAUGUUUGUAAAUUUGAAAGGAACUGAAAGAAUUGGUAAAAUGGGAGCCAAGGGCGAACAUUUGAAAGAAGGAGCAAGCUUGAACAAGAGUUUGACUGCAUUCGGUAAUGCCAUCCACAAUGUUGUGCAUCAUACCAAAGUCAAGGGAGCAAAAACCUCAAAUGUGAAUAUUAAUAGCUUAUUUGGAGAUUCAAUGGUCACAGCUGUUCUCAGCGAGGCACUCGGAGGGAAAAGUGCUUCAGUGAUCAUUGGCUCCAUUUCACAAACAGAAUUCCACUAUUUGGAAACCAUGGAAGCUUUGGAAAAUUUGAGAAUUGCCAGACACAUUUCUACAUUCCCAAAAAAGCAAAUACUCAACACGAAGGUCAUAGAAAUACUCAACAGGAUCAAAGCACUCGAAAAAGUUUGUGCUGAAGAUAAACUAGCUCCAGGCCAUCCUCCUACUGAGGAGCAAGAAAAACUCGAAUCCUUAAAACAACUUUAUCGAAAAUACCUAGCUGGAAUGAUUGAAUUGGAUGAUUUAAGCAAAUCGAAAGAGAAUGGAGUUGAACUUCAACCCAUUCCAGACAAGAAACUUCCAAAAGCUCAAUUAUGGAAACAAAACGAUAUGAAAUCUCAGAGGCAUGGAAUGCGAGCGACUGUGUACAAACCAACGGGACAAGCAGGUGUGAAACCCAAAGAAACUUAUAAAGGUCAAUGGAUGGAUCACCAAAAACAUGGCUAUGGUGAGGAAGACACUCAGAAAUUCAAUUACAAGGGAUGUUGGGCCAAUGGUAAGAAAGAAGGAGAAGGAGUAUUGUAUUCGAAAGAAAAAUCGAAAAAGAUCUACAAUGGAGAAUGGAAGAAUGGUCUCAAGCACGGUAAAGGUAUCUAUUAUUACGAUAAUGGAGAAAUCUAUGAAGGAGAUUGGGCCAACGACAUGAGAUGGGGCUAUGGUACCAUGUAUUUCAUCGAUGGCACCAAAUACGAAGGAGAAUGGGCCAAUGAUAAACAACAUGGAACAGGUUGUACCAUUGAAAAGAAUGGAGAUCGAUUUGAAGGAAGUUACUUAGAUGGUUUAAAACAUGGUCCAGGUAUUUAUUAUUACAUUACAGCAGGUCAAAAAUAUGUGGGAGAAUGGUUUAAGGGAGUUCCAAAAUGUGGUCAACUUUUUAAAGAUGUAGAAUAUGAAGAAAGUAUCGAUCCAGAGAAUCUUCCAAAGGAUAUUCCUGAAAAUAAGUUACUGGAUCGAGAACGAGUCAUUGAAGAUGCUGUGACUUCGGUACGAUUGUUAAUGGAGCAACAAGGUGUUUUACCUUUGGUCACACGAGAGAAUGUAUAUGAUUAA